AUGGCGGAUGUCGACUUGAAUAUCGACAAUUUAAUUCAGAGAUUACUCGACGUUCGAGCAUGUCGCCCAGGAAAGUCAGUUAUUAUGACGGAGGCUGAAGUACGUGGUCUAUGCCUAAAAAGCCGUGAGAUAUUUUUACAACAGCCGAUCCUAUUGGAAUUAGAAGCACCACUAAAAAUAUGUGGUGAUAUACAUGGACAGUACACAGAUUUAUUGCGCCUGUUUGAAUACGGGGGUUUUCCGCCCGAAUCAAAUUAUCUAUUUUUGGGUGAUUAUGUCGACAGAGGUAAACAAUCACUCGAAACAAUAUGUUUGUUACUAGCAUACAAAAUAAAGUAUCCUGAAAAUUUUUUUUUACUACGCGGUAAUCACGAAUGUGCUAGUAUAAAUAGGAUAUAUGGCUUCUAUGAUGAAUGCAAACGUAGGUAUAAUAUCAAACUGUGGAAAACAUUCACGGAUUGUUUCAAUUGUCUACCUAUCGCUGCUAUCAUCGAUGAAAAAAUUUUCUGUUGUCACGGCGGACUCAGCCCUGAUCUUCAGGGAAUGGAACAAAUUAGGAGAAUCAUGCGACCGACAGACGUACCAGACACUGGAUUGCUCUGCGAUUUGUUGUGGUCAGACCCCGACAAAGACGUUCAGGGUUGGGGUGAAAAUGACCGUGGUGUUUCUUUCACCUUUGGUCCUGACGUAGUGUCUAAGUUCUUGAAUCGUCAUGAUAUGGAUCUAAUAUGCCGUGCGCAUCAAGUUGUAGAGGAUGGUUACGAGUUUUUCGCAAAACGUCAGCUUGUCACGCUAUUCUCCGCCCCUAAUUACUGCGGUGAAUUUGAUAAUGCUGGUGUUGCGGAGGCGUUCAAUUAUUCUAUUGAGCCGAUAACUUAA